AUGGGCAGGCGUGCGGAGACAAUUAUCCUUCCAUUGGAGCUUUUACGCCAUCUAAAACCAUCUGAAUUCACAGAUGCUCAAGAAUACCAUGUAUGGCAAAAGCGGCAGCUCAAACUCUUGGAAACAGGACUCCUUCUUCAUCCCGCCAUCCCACUUGAGAAGUCUAACGAGCACGCGAUGCGCCUCCGCGACAUCAUCCAGGCUUGCGAGGUCAAAGCGAUCGACACUGGGAAGAAUUCGGAGACCAUGAAAUCGCUUGUCAAUUGUAUAGUUUCCUUAACAUGGAGAAGUGCGGAUGGUUGUCCUACUGAUAUUUGCCAUUGGGCAGAUGGGUAUCCUGUUAAUGUUCAUAUCUAUAUCGCGCUUCUGUGCUCCAUUUUCGACAUCAAGGAUGAAACUUUAGUACUUGAUGAAGUGGAUGAGCUUUUGGAAUUGAUGAAGAAGACAUGGUCUACAUUGGCAAUCAACAGACCAAUUCAUAAUUUGUGCUUUACGUGGGUGCUGUUUGAGCAAUUUAUAGUGACCGGACAGGCUGAGCCUGAUCUGCUUUCCGCGUCAUUGACUAUGUUGGCUGAAGUAGCGAAUGAUGCUAAGAAAGUUGACAGGGAACCUCUGUAUGUGAAGAUGUUGGCAUCAGUCUUAACAUCAAUGAAGAAGUGGUCUGAGAAGAGAUUGUUGGACUAUCACAAGAACUUUCACAAGGCAACAAUGGGAUUGAUGGAGAGCAUUGUUCCUUUGGUGUUUUCAGCUUCAAAGAUCUUAGAGGAAGAUGUCCCUGGCUAUCUAACUUCUGCAUCAGAGAAUGGUGAAAUUGCAGAGAAUUCAGAAGGGAAUCGGGUGGAUUUUUACGUUCGUGCAUCUAUGAAGAAUGCAUUUGCUAAGAUACUGAAGGAUGCACAUAUAGAUGGAGCUGAUGUCGAAAUAAAUGAAGCGAGCGAAGUGCUCAUUAAAUUGGCUGAUGAAACAGAACGUAUUGCUGAGAAAGAGAAAACAAUCUUCAGUCCUUUGCUCAAGAAAUGGCACCCUAUUUCAGCUGGUGUUGGAGCCGUAACACUACAUUCAUGCUACGGGACAUUGUUAAAGCAAUACCUAAGUGCAUCAUCCACGCUAACGGAGGAUACCGUGUCAUUGCUGCAGAGGGCUGGUAAGCUGGAGAAGGUUUUAGUUCAGAUGGUUGUUGAGGACUCUGUUGACUGUGAAGAUGGAGGCAAAGCCGUGGUUCGAGAAAUGGUGCCGUAUGAAGUUGAAUCAAUCAUUUUGAACCGCUUGAAACAAUGGAUUCAAGAUUGUCUAAAGAGAGGGAAGGAAAUAAUCCGGAGAGCAAAGGAAACUGAAACAUGGAAUCCAAAGUCCAAGACCGAGCCAUAUGCGCAUUCUGCUGUUGAGCUAAUGAGACACGUAAAAGAAUCCAUGGAUAGCUUCCUACAAACACCAGUGAACAUAACUGAGGACUUGGUCCAUGAUCUUGCUGAUGGAUUCGAGCAUCUGUUCCGAGAUUACAUCACAUUUAUUGCUUCAUGUGGAUCAAAGCAGAGUUAUCUCCCAACGCUUCCUCCUCUAACACGAUGUAGCCGUGAAACAAAGUUUCUUAAACUCUGGAAAAGAGCUGCAUGCAGUGUUGGCACUGAUGAUCCAAACAAUCAUUUUUCAAAUGAAGGCAAUCAUCCACGCCCUUCAACUAGCCGUGGAACACAGCGCUUGUACAUUCGCCUGAACACCUUGCAUUACUUGAAUUCACAGCUCAACUCUCUGGACAAGACAUUGGCCCUUUCCUCAAAAAUCAUGCCCUCACCACGUCGCUUUGGCAGUCGAAACAGACAACUUGAUUCCUCUUCCUAUUUUGAUCACACACGAACGACAAUUCAAGUUGCUACUCAACAUGUAUCAGAAGUUGCAGCGUACCGCCUAAUCUUCCUGGAUUCAAACUCUGUAUUCUAUGGAAGUCUCUAUAUAGGCGAUGUUGUAAAUUCGCGUAUUAGGCCAGCUCUGAGAAUACUAAAGCAGAAUCUUACUCUAUUAUGUGCAAUCGUCACUGAAAGAGCUCAACCCCUAGCUCUAAAGGAAGUAAUGAAAGCUUCCUUUGAGGCUUUCCUAAUGGUUUUGCUUGCUGGAGGAAGCUCCAGGAUAUUUUCUAGGGCAGAUCAUCAGAUGGUUGAGGAAGAUUUCGACAACCUGAAGCGAAUGUUCUGCACUUGUGGAGAAGGGCUCAUAGUAGAGGAUGCCGUAAACAUUGAAGCUGAGACAGUAGAGGGCGUGAUCCUGCUAAUGGGACAAUCCACAGAGCAGUUGGUGGAAGAUUUUAGCAUUGUAGCCUGCGAAGCAAGUGGAAUCGGCAUGGUUGGUGCCGGACAAAAGCUCCCUAUGCCUCCUACAACUGGAAGAUGGAAUAGAUCAGAUCCUAAUACUAUAUUAAGGGUUCUUUGUUAUAGGGAUGAUCGUGCCGCUAAUCACUUCCUUAAGAGGACAUUCCAAUUAGCAAAGAGAAGAGGUUGA